CCAGCUCCUCCCUCAGGCCCAGUGGCCGGAUUUCCUGGUUCAGGCCCAGCCCUUUAAAGCUGUGGCUCUAUCCUUCUGGCAGGUUGUGUACUGAGGCUGAGGGGGCUGCUGAGGGGGCCCUGGGUGCCAGGCAGAGGCACAUGUGGGCUGUGACAGAUCGGGGAAGGGAACGGAGCUCAGAGCAGCUGGCUGAGUUACCCAGGGCCAGACAGCUAACGAGGGGCAGAGCCAGGAUCCAAACUCAGGUCAGUGUGACCCCAAAGCCCUGAUGUUCUCUCCCCCGCAUCACCUGCCUGACAGGUUUCACUUGGUGUUCCUGUGCGUGGGAGAGUGGGGGGGAGGAAAUGGGUUUUCCCCCCUCCCCCUAGUGCCAGUACUUGGGGGCCUUCCUCCUGCCAGGAGCUGCUUGGAGAUGCUGCUGCCGCUGCUGCCGUGCCUCGUGCUGUGCCUCCUGCUGCUGCCGCUGGCCGUGCUCUGGCGGCGGCGGCCGUCCCAGGAUGCCAGGCUGUCCUGGCUGGUCCAUCUCCAGCACCGUGUGGCAUGGGGGGCCCUGUGCUGGGCAGCCGCCUGGCAGCGGAAGAGCCUAGUGCGGAGCACGCUGCACGCGGGCCAGAGCCAGCAGCGGGCCCUGAGGCGGUGUCUGCAGGGAGCCCAGAGUCCCCGCUGUCCCCUCAGGGGGAGCACAGAUAUAGGCGUCUUCCGGAAUCAUCUCCCUCUGACCAAGGCUAGCAAGCUCCAGGAGGAAGAAAGUGGAGUGCAGCUCUUGCCUCCUACCUCAAACCAGUACCGUGGGGAGGUCUCUCUGCAGGCCACCUUGCUGGGCCUGGCAGCCCUAAAGAAGACCUGCCCAGAAGUGCUGGCCCCAGAAGGCACGGCCCGUGUGACCCCUUCCUCCCCUUGGCCCUACCCGCUCCCUUGGCCUUGGCAUGCCCUGGGCCAGUUGGGCCCUGCUGGAGCCAAGGACCCUAGGGCCCUGCUGCUGGAGGCACUGAGGUCCCCGGGCCUGCGGGCUCUGGAAGCUGGGACGGCGGUCGAGCUCCUAGACGUCUUCUUGGGCCUGGAGGCCGAUGGCGAAGAGCUGGCUGAGGCAUUAGCUGCUGGGAACCCAGGAGCAUCUCUCCCCAGACGGGCAGCUGAGCUGCGGGAGGCCCUGGAGCAGGGACCCCGAGGACUGGCCCUUCGGCUCUGGCCAAAGCUUCAGGUGGUGGUGACUCUGGAUGCAGGAGGCCAGGCGGAGGCUGUGGCUGCCCUCGGGGCCUUGUGGUGCCAAGGGCUAGCCUUCUUCUCACCUGCUUAUGCUGCCUCUGGAGGGGCGGUGGGCCUGAGUCUGUGGCCAGAGCAGCCCCAUGGCCUGUACCUUCUGCCUCCUGGAGGCCCCUUUAUUGAGCUGCUCCCACUCAAGGAAGGAACCCGGGAAGAGGCUGCCCCCACCGUCCUACUGGCCGAAGCCCAGAAGGGCAAGGAGUACGAACUGGUGCUGACUGACCACACCAGCCUCACCAGGUGCCGCCUGGGUGACGUGGUCCAGGUGGUUGGUGCCUACAAUCAGUGUCCGGUCGUCAGGUUCAUCUGCAGGCUGGGCCAGACCCUGAGUGUCCGAGGCGAAGACACUGGUGAGGACGUGUUCUCUGAGGCCUUGGGCCGGGCGGUGGGGCAGUGGCCAGGGGCCAGGCUGUUGGACCAUGGCUGUGUGGAGAGCAGCAUUCUGGAUUCCUCCGAGGGUUCUGCUCCCCACUAUGAGGUGUUUGUGGCACUGAAGGGGCUAAGGAACUUGUCGGAGGAAAAUCGAGACAAGCUUGACCACUGCCUUCAGGAAGCCUCAGCUCGCUACAAGUCCCUGCGGUUCCGGGGCAGCGUGGGCCCUGCCCGAGUCCACCUGGUGGGGUGGGGGGCCUUCAGAGAACUGCGGGCAGCCCUCGCUGCCUGCCCCUCAGCCCCCUUCCCUCCUGAGAUGCCCCGGGUCCUCAAGCACAGGUACCUGGCCCAGUACCUGCAGAGGAGGGUGCUGUCCUGAGCUGAGGCCUGCCCACUGCCCUGUCACCCUCACGGGCUGCCUCGCUCUUUCCUCUGGGGCCCCUCUGGAUGGGGAGCCCUUGGCCAGGGUCUUCGAGUGUCAGCUGACGGUGGCCCAUCAGAGCUGCUGGGCCUUAGGGAGGCCCGACCUAGUCUGUCAGUUCUGAGGAGUUGACUUCAGGGAUAGAGCAGACACCAGCAGUGCCCCAUCUGGAGCCCCCCGGCCCACCGUGGAAGUCCCUGGGGUUCCAGUCCACGCUGACAGUGCCUGUGUCUCUCAGCCCAUGCACCAGGCAGGCUGGAAGUGUUGGGAGUUAAUGCUCUCAGGAAUGACCCUCAGUCAGCAAAGGAACAGGAGCUGGUGAUCGCAGACCUCAGCUUCUUCGUCCCUCAGUGGGACAACCUGAAGCGUAUUCUGCAUUGUCUCCCUCGGAGGGUCACCACCAGUUGCCCCCAGCGGUAACCCUCUCGUUAACAAAGUCCUUGGUUCUCCUUCUUUCCCUCCCGUCCCUACUCCCUUAUGUGCUUUCUUGGAUCACCGCCCAAAUAAACCUCUUGCACCCAGAA